AUGGCUCCCUCUGCUGUUUUCGAAGAGCCCAGCCAAGCGGCACCAACAUCCCUUGUGCAUCCCAUCUGCCAGAUCGUCACUCCGGUGGGGAUGUUUGGCUAUGGCUUCAGCGAAGAAUGGACAGAAGCAGCCUUAGCUAAGUGCGUUGAGUCGACAACGCCAACGGCAAUCAUCCUAGAUGCGGGAUCCACUGACUCCGGCCCUACCAAAUUGGCACUUGGGACAACGACAUGUCCUUAUGAGGCUUACGAGCGCGACUUUCGACAAUUGAUCCCUCUUUCGAUGAAGUAUCAUGUUCCGAUUCUCAUGUCAUCUGCUGGAGGCGAUGGCAGUGAUGAACAUGUUGAUCUUUACUUGGAAAUCAUCCGUAAGAUUGCCGCAAAGGAGGCAAAUAGGCAAGUUAUUAGCAUCUAUUCCCAACUCAACAAAUCUCUUGUUCAUGAAAGAUUCAAAGAUGGCCAGAUCUCCCCCUGUGGCAAGGCUGUGCCGGAAUUGACGGAGGAAGCCAUCACUCAGACUCCGAGAAUCGUAGCUCAAAUGGGCCCUGAGCCUUUCCUGGACGCCAUGAUCCGCGAUCCAGACUUCCACGUCAUGAUUGGAGGAAGAGCUUACGGUCCUGCUCCCUACGUGGCAUUUGCAGCAUACCAUGCUCUAGACUCAAAACAACGAGACAUCACAAACUUAUCCUCUGAAAGUCUUGGGUCUAUCUAUCACAUGGGCAAAGUUCUCGAAUGUAGGCGUCUCUGUGCAACCCCCAAAGGAUCGGGGGCAAUAGGCAUCGUCAACUCGGAUUUCAGCGUCGAUAUCAGGCCUCUGGACGCAGCAGCAAAAUGUAUACCGCUGAGUGUCGCCGCUCAUACUAUGUACGAAAAGUCACGACCAGAUCUGCUAGCUGGCCCAGGAGGCGUGCUUGACGUCUCAACUGCGACAUAUAACCAACUAGAAGAUUCCAUCACGACACGGAUCUCUGGUUCAAAAUGCUACCUGUCGCGAAAAAAUGGAGAGCCUUUCACGGUGAAGCUUGAGGGCGCCAGAGUCACCGGUUACCGGACGUUGAUGAUGGGCUCUUUCGGAGACCCAAUUCUCAUUGGUCAGAUCAACAAUUUUCUUGAAAGAGCCAAACAGUACGCAUAUAGCCGGAACAAAGACAUCCAAGGAGAUUGCGACAUUGGAUUUCAUAUUUAUGGCUUCGACAAGGACAAGCCCGAGUACAUUCCCAGUCAAAUCUUUGUGGUGACAGAGAGUUUAGCUCCGACUCAAGAGGCCGCCACAAGCCUGGCAUCAGCAGUGAGAAUCGCUUUCGCACAUGGACCUUACCCAGGUCAAAAGGCCACCUCUGGCAAUUUUGGUAUGGGUAUUGGUGGCAAGCUCGAACUGGAGGUCGAUCAAUGUGCCGAAUUCUCACUAUACCACUUGAUGAAAUUAGCAGAUGGAGAGCAGCACGGCAGGGAGACUAGUGAUGAAACUUCCAGCGGGUUGUUUCGUUGGUCGUCAACACUCGUCGGGGAUGGCGAGCUUUCGGACUACUGGUCACAAGUUUUAAGGAGCGACAAAAUCUUUCAACCCGCAACACCAAAAGCCAAAAGCGUCAACGGAUUUCCAGCGCCACCCGAUGUCAACCUACCGUCUACAUUGUUUAAUAUAGCCAAAGUUGUUCGAUCCAAGAACGCAGGCCCAUUCGAGGUGACACUGGACGUGAUGGUUGACAACCGAGCGGUCUACGAGGCUAUCAAGGCAUCAGGAAUACUAGGCCGGGAUGUCACCGCCCAGUUAUACAAAAUUUCUGCAGAAGAAAUUAUCUCGGAAGGCUUCUUCGACCCAGCAAUGGCGUAUAAGGCGACGGUGCCUAGGCGACGAAGAGGUUUGCCCAGUUGCUCGGGAGGGUUCCUAGAAGACGAUGUGCAUGGCAGCCAAUUCUACUCACCAUUGAAAGCCAUUCCACUUACAGAAGAGCUGAUUUCCAAAUUAGGGAAGGGAUUCUAG